AUGUCAGAUAUACUGCUAGUGGCAACCCUUCCUUCUCUCCGAACCCAUGAUGCUGAUGACAUUCAAUUGCAAUAUGAUACAAGACAUCCACUGGUGUUGACAAGGUAUCAUGAUUGUCGCCUAUACAAUCAAAUGUCGAAUGGUCAUCAUCGGUUUAUACUUAGCUUUUGUGGAGCGUAUCUAUUAAAACCGGAACAAGCUACCUACCUUGAUGGUCUUAAAAUGUCAGAUAUACUGCUAGUGGCAACCCUUCCUUCUCUCCGAACCCAUGAUGAUGAUGACAUUCAAUUGCAAUACGAUACAAAACAUCCAUUGUUGUUGACAAGAGCAUUGGACUUGGUCGAGGAUGACUGGUGUCUAGGAUCAUUUAUGAAUCUAGAGGCUGGAUCUAGUGCUCAAGUAGGUGGAGACUAG